AUGAUCGAUAAUGAAGAGACCGUUUACCGCGCCGUUAUUCGCUGGGUAUAUAACGAUGUGAAUGAGCGUGCUUCAAAGUUGGCUGCUCUCCUACGACGCAUCAGACUUUCAGUUAUGUCUGUGCUUAUCAGAAACUCUCUAGAAUGCCGUGAUCUUGUAGACGACGCUAAGCGCUUUUAUCUCAGGCCUGACUUACGUCAUGAAAUGAGAGAUGCUCGAUAUCAUCAACGCGAUGGAGGUGAAGAGUAUCUUGUUGUUAUUGGUGGAUUCGGUGCAGGUCAGAGCCCUUCUGAUUCAGUGGAGAUGUUUAAUCCGAGAACAUGUGACUGGAAUACAUUACCUGUAGGUCUACUAUUUAAUAAUUUACCCAUCAGCUAUCGUUAUGUGGCUGCGUGUUCUCUAGGUACAUGUGUCUACGUCAUUGGUGGGUUUGACGGAAGUGAGCGUCUUAACACUGUUGGCGUACUUGAUAUCGCUCAACGGGACGACGGGUGGCGCUGGCUUGCUUCGAUGCACUAUAAGCGUGGUCUCUCGGCUGCUUGUACACAUAGAGGUCAGUGA